AUAUUGUGAAAUACAAUAGGAAUAAAACAUACAUGUUGGCGAGUCUUUGGAAGAUUUUGAUCAUAUUCUUAGUUUCUCCUAUGAUGAUCGAUAAUUUCGGCGAUUCGUCUGGGUUCGUUUACCCUAUUUCAAAUUUCACCACGGCACAAACCAAUAACUUUUCAACUGUUUAUCCUAUUACGAAUUUCACCACCAUGCAAAACGAUAACUUUUCAACCAUUGAAAUGACAAGCAUUGGCCCGCUAACUACAGUAAACGGCGCAAUUCCAACCGUAAAUGCAUGGAGGCAAGCACUGAAUGAAAACACCACAAUUAACAAAAAUAAUGGAACUGAACCUGUAAAUAAGAUGACAACUGACGAACUCACAACGAAUAUACCUACUACCAUCCCCUUUACUACAACCGAGGCGCCCUUUGAUCCAAAUUACUUCAGUGUAUACGAUUGGCCUUACAUAGUGAUAAUAAUCAAUUUUCUAACGACCUUUCUGUUCUACCAAUGUUGUAAAAUUGCGACGAAGCUGUUGAUGCAAAAUGCGUGUUUUGCUUUACCGACGCUAUUGAUGACGCCAGUGUGUGUAACAACACUGCUCCUCGUGCAAUGGCGGCACCCAGAAAUGUUGAAAUUCAAUGAAGUUCUAUUUUGGAAUGUUCCAUCUGAUGUUUGGUCUCCGAUGUUCAUAUUUCAUUUUGUAUCUGGACUUGGACUGUGGUGGCUCUCUCAA